AUGUCACGUCCACUGGCAGUGCAUAUUUCCGCUGGAGAUUCGGAUCCUUGCGGGAUUCUGAUGACGACGAAACCUGACCUUCCUGAAACCAAGCACAUCGUUCUCCUCCACAAGCCUUAUACGGUAGGUCUUGCCUUUGACAGUUCGUCCGAGUCCCUCUUUCUGCAGGACGUAAGAGACUUCGAGCUGGUCAGCAUUUUCAGUGGGAAAAGGGUUAAGCCGCCGAGUGAGCACGACAUCAGCGAACAGUGCUCGUGAGUGUCCAACAUCUUUGGCUUGGAUUAUUCACCUGUUUUAUCUCGGAAUAUUGGGACUUUUCGUUCAAUUCUCACAACUCACUAAAGAAACCUCUCGCAAGGGCCGUUACUGUUUACUCUCAAAUCAAAAAAAAAAUUUUUAUAUAGCUCCUUAAGAAAGAAAAAUGAGUUUCUUGCUCUUGUAGGAGUACUUGAACACUGAACCGGUAGUGUUAUACUUUUUAUGGAAUAAUUCAAGAAGGUGCAAAAGUAGAUAUGGUGUGCUCAGCCACUGAAUAAUCCAGAGGAUGACAAAACCCAAAAAUAAAUCGCGGCCUACGGCAAUUUGAAAGAGGAUAAUAGCCCACAACAAUCAACAAUCUACCCAAUUAACACUGUUUGAAGUUUAAUUUUGAAGAGUUUUGAAAGGCAGAAGUCUUUCUUGAAACGGAAUGACCCCGAAAACAGCCCAACAAGGACUUGAGAGCAAAAAUUAACAUUCUAAUCAAAAUAGGAUCAAGAAUUGACUCACUUCAUAGGAGCUCGCAUGCUGAGCAGGUGUCUCAACGGGUGUACCCGUAUUAAACCCGUUUUUCUGAGGUUAUUUCAGUCUCAGUUGGGCAGAAACGGGGGAACAACGGGUGUAAGAAAAAUAUGUAACCCAGCUGGGCUAAAAAUUUCCAAAAGUUCUACCAACUGUGCUUAUAUAGGCCAUUCCGCGCCAGCUUGUCACGUUUUUCUUUCCGCCAAAAGACCAGGUCAAAUUUUACCAACUUCGCUUCAAGACCUUUGUUUAUUGCCGUUAUAAAAGCAGAAAUUUGAUCUUAUUUGGUAUACGGUCUUUUUGGCGGAAAGAAAAACGUGACAAGCUGGCGCGGAAUAGGCUAUAAGGGUUUAAUACGGGGGCACCCGCUGAGACCCCGUGUAAGCACGGCCGGGUUACCCUGCUCAGCAUUCGAGAAGUUUUCAUACUGCUCUACUUCGAGAAUCUGUUCACAUUUCCAUUGUCAAGUCCAAUGACGUCAUUCGAAAAUGCUCUUCGGAUGUUUCGCUCUCUAAUUGGUUUUCCGCGUUCUUAGAGGCGGAGCUUGAACGAGGACUUGACAUUCAAAAUCUGAAAAGACUAGAGCGUUUAUUGAUUUGAUAUCCUCCACAAAUUCUUCCUUCAACAAUUUUCUGUUUUUAUUUGUUAUUCUUUAUUUCUUGAAAAUAAAUUUUUUAUGCAUUUCAAUUUUGGUGAGUAUACCAUAUAUUUUUUCCACAUGGAGAAACAACUGAAAGGCUUUUUUUUUCAUUUUUCAUGUUUAAUUUGAUUCCAAUGAAGAUACUGAAAACAAUCUUUUAUCAUCUGUUAAAAAGUAUUUUUCUAGAUUUUGAGAGAUAUCUUCUUCAAAGUCAGCGGUAUUUUUUGUUAUUAUAGAUUUUUGCUUUUCAAAACACUCCAGCAACGAACUUGAUUAGAGUUUUUGAGUUAUGUCAAAUAAAGAUUACCUGUUUUUUGCAAAUUCUUUUGUAUUGUAUUUGAGGCGACACAAAGUGGUGCUUUAUUCUUUCGGGACUGUGCUGUACUGGAGCAACGAAGAGCCGGAGAACGGCCGCAUCGAAACGAGGGAAUGCUUCAGACAACCCGGAAUCUACCCGGUCCGUGUACAUCUCGGCGACAAUCAGGUAAACAUGAUUCGUUCCCUGUUGAUUCGGACCAUCGACUUUUUUUGAGUUUGACGAAAAAAUUUUCAUUGAAACGAUUAAAAAAGGGAUUUUUUGAAAAUUCUAAUUAUACGCUUCCACGCAUAGAAAUAGCGUAGCGCUUUUCUUCGAAUUGUGAAAUUUUGAUCGGAGAAUUGUUUCAAAGAUAUUUUUAUAAUCUGUUCGAAAAUGUUCUUUUCUAGAUUUUAAGUAGACUCGAAAGAGUAUCGUUUUAUUUUUAUUGGGGCCGAAUGAAUUCGAAAACUGAAAUUCAAACGAAUGUUACUCACUUGACUGAAGGUUUAGACAGCAUUUAAAGUGGUUUCAUUUUUAUUCCAUACUUUUAUCAUUUUUGGACAGCAAUAGAAUGUCGCUAAAUUCGUAUUUUCACAAAAAAAAUUUGACGAAAAUGAUAAAUUUUGUACAUUUUUUACCGCAACUUAUCAUUUCAGUUACCGGCUUCCUUAAUUUCUCUCAUCAUUCUACCUUUCAUUUCUCUCUUUCAGUUAUCAAUCAAAGGAGUGAUGAGUCCAUCGCGAAAAACUUUUGUACCGCUCGACAAGUUUCCCGCACUUGAAAUCCGUAAUGUUCCUCUCUUAGUUGCUAUCGAAUGAUUUCCCUUAAGCUGAAAGACUGCGGAUGGAUUUGCAGCCAAACAUCGCAGUUCAGGCCUGGGUCACCCUCCAACUUCUCAAGGUAAGCGAAGGGGCUGUAGAAGCUCAUUUUGGGUCUUCUCAGGGGCCUUCGAUCAAAUACGAGUUGACGGACUUCCACGAGUUCUCGCCGAGCGACCAGAGCUUGGUUCGCACCAUGGUUAUUUUUUGCUUUUCAUUUAUUUUUGACGGGUUUUUAACAAAUCUAAUGGAUGAUCAUUCAGGUAGAAUUUCAGUGAAAGCAUAAAUAUUACUAUAAAACUUCAAAGUUUUAGUUAUUUUCAUCCCGAGGGGUUUAUUUGUCUUGGCAAUUUUCCGAUAUUUGUUGAUCGGAAUGGAACUUUUUUCAUAAGCCAGCAACUCUUACAGGCUCGUUGUUUUGAAAAAUACCAGAACUAUUUCGAUUCUUAAACUCGUUUACAGUGUUUCAGCUAGAGAAUUUUCUUGAAAGUAAUGUAAAGUGAAAGGCUAAAAUAUUUCCCCUAAAAAAACAUGCCUUUAUUCUUCUUUCAGCCAUGGAACGAGUUCAACUAUCUGAACUACGACCGAAUCGUCGAGGAAAAUCCUUACAUGGCGCGUCACUACGAAGUCAAGCCCAUGGAGACGACUUGCAAGCAUUGGCCUCUGCCGCCUACCGUUCGUUCUCGAAGCAGAGUAAUCGUGCAGAUUCGUUCUCAGGAGCUCAGGGAGAAGAAAGGAAUCGCGCUGUCGACGACCAACGUGCUGUGCCACGAGUGGCAGGACGUCUGCGUCAGACUUCCGUUGCUGGUCGACCAUCGUCCCGCCGUCGUCCUCCAGCCAGGUCCGUCCGGCUUCUCUCCUCUUAGGCCUUCUGUUCAGGAACUCGGGUCAUCUUCGAAGCAACCUACCUCCCGGUCGUCGGUUACUACGGCCUGACCUUUUCGAAAAUCGACAAAAACGCCGAAAAAUCUCUUUCCGCCUCAGAGAAUGGCAAUGUUUGCUUUUCGAGCUCAUCAAUACUGAAAUUGUUUGCGAUGAAAGUAUAGUUCUUCAACAUCAUCGAUGAAGAAAACCUAAUUAGGAAUUUAACGAAAUCAAAAAAAUGAAAUUGACUCGAAUCAAAAAAAUAAAAGACAAUUUGAACUACCUUGGGUUUUGUUAAAAUUAUUUAUGGCGUCAUAUUAAUGGAAAAAACGUGAAGAUUUAUCAAUCAGCUCAAAAAUUCCUUAUUCUGAACGUCUAUUCCCAUUAGCAUUCAUCUUUUUCGACUCAUUCAUUUAGCCCUUCGAUCUAAAUUUAUUUUCAAUGGAACAAUUUUUUGUCUAACAGAAGCACUCGUUAAAGAAAUGGAGAAGCUUUUGUUGAAUUUAUCUGCAGUUCGUUUUUCUUUGCAACUACGUCUUUGCAGAUCCGCACCAGCGUGAGGAUCGUCGAGAAGUGUCCAGGAUUCUAUGAAUGCGCCGCUCUGAACGUGAUGGUCGACGACCCUCUCGGACUCAUGCUGCCUGUUCCUUUCUCCAAGUACGCCAAAAGCGCGACUCUGGUUCGUGUUCUGACCUAACGAAGAGCAAGGCGGGUUCCAGGUGGAGAUCAAGGAGGGAGAACCGACGCCGCUGGGCAGAGCCAGAAGAUACGUGGCCGCUCUGGCCGGAGACAAGGCCAGGAAACUCCAGGAGGUCCUCAUGCUCGGCGAGGUCAGACUGCUUCUUUCAAAUUGUCUUUUUCAAUUUACCGGUGAAUUUCUAUUUUAAAAAAAUAUUUAAAAAAAACUUUCAAACAAAAAAACUGAAGCUUUUUUUGGAUGAUAUUCGGGGUCAGUCAGAGAAAGCCACUUUCGAAUAAGAUGAAAUAACCUCAGUAAAAUGCUUCUGUACGAUUUCAAAGAGUUAUUUUAGAUGAAAGAAUCUUUUUGAUAUUGUUUUUCUGUAGAUUUAAAUUUAUUAUCUCCAGUAUGCAAUUUUUUUAGUUAAUCAUAAAUUAAAGAAGUGAAGCCCGUAGGCUACAACAACCGUUGAAAAAAACUCACGUCACAUGCUGCAAAAAGUCUAUGACACGAUUUCUUUGAGUAACUCGAUCAAGAAUCGCUCGAUAUUUUUAUAUUUGCUUUUUUGAUUUAUGGAUUUGAAGAUUUGAAGUCACAGAGAUGGAAAAAGUAUGUUUCUCAACCAACCAGCUCGAAUAUUUUUUGCUAGCUCCCAGAAAAAAGCAAACUUUUUCCAGCACCUACAGUAAUCUGAUGAGUGGGCGGAGCAUGACAGUAACUUACCUUAUAAACCUUUAUCAUGAAUAUCAGCUCAACAAAAUAGAAAUAAAAAAAUCUCGUUUAAUCCUUCACCGAAUAACAUCGAUUUUCUGAGAAAAAGCGUGAUAAAUGUUCGUAUUUGAGAUGAAACUGGUAAAAGAACCUGGCGUGGUAAUCAACCAUCUAGGUCGUGUCCACAUCUCCAGGUUCCCGUCCCUCUCCGUUUCGUAGGUCCGAAACGAGAUUACGGUUUCAUUUGCCUGUUUUAAGGCUGCCGCUUAACACCAACAACUACUACAACAGCCUGGAAGCCGGUACUCAAGUCCUCAUCGACGGACACUUCGAUCCUCAGCUCAAGGUUCUAUCUCCAGAGAUAUCGGAAGGCAAAUGCGCCCUACUGACAGGCGAUGGUCGUCGAUGAGGCAGUUCGCGAUCAAAACAAAUCCAACUUCGAAUUUGCACGCGUCUUCGACCGCUCCAUCGGCCACUCUCGGGUGAGACGAAUCUGUGUCUUUCAUCUGCUCGAGAAUCCUUCCGAGCAUUUUCAAACAGAGAGAAAAAGCAUGCUUGGAUACAAGUAGCUACCGGGUAGCUACUCAAUCGGCGUAUGCUAAUCGGUGGUCGUUUAUUAGCUACUGGGUACUAUCUCUAUGUUACCUGGAUACUGCCGGGUAGGCACCUGAAUGAAUGUCUUGAUUGCUACUGGCUGGCACAUCGGUCGUUUACUCAGCACCCGUGUUUUUGUAAACCGUUCCAAGUCUUCCAAGAUCUUAUUGGCUAACGCUGAAAUAAAAAAGAACUACCCGAGAAGCAUUACCAUAGCCAUCGCAAGUGUCAGGUAUCUAUCCGGUACACGCAGGUACCAUAGCAUAGGCCUUUGACGUAGCUACGCGGUAGCUACUUCUAUCAUCCUCCCGAUUAACCAUUGUUAAUCCUGUUAUAAUGUAUUUUCUUUAAUAAGAUUUCUGUUUCAAACUUCGAUUAGAAAUGUUUGCUGCAUAAUUUUUUUUUCUCAGUUAGCGUUUCGCGUCUCAGCGACGGGAAGAGCCGAGCUGCCCAAGUUGUUGUUCAACGAAACUUUCGGUUUCAUUGAACCGCCGGCGAAAUUUCGCGUACCGCUCUUUCCAGAACAAAUCAAGUAUUUCAUCUCGGAAAGAGAGAAAAUAUCGCCUAUUUUUAGAUAUCAAAAUGUGUGGAUCUCAUUUUCUGACCAGUACCCCGGCGACAAUCUGCCGCCGCAGUGCAAGUUCCAAUACUUUUACUGCGGAGAGCUGCCUGAGCACAUCGUGAGUGUCUACUUUACUCAAAUGGCGGGUCAUUUUAGUCUGAAGUUCCAAUGAAUUCCAUUCAUUUUUAUCAGCAGAGUUAAUCUAAUUAAAUUUUGAGAGGAGAAAUAGAGCUUCAAUUGACGUCAUACGGCUCUUACUCGCUUACGAUCUUUUUAAAAAACUGUCGCCCCAAUUUCGACUUUUAUUGGUAGCACUUGAUUUUAGUACUUCCCGGAUCCCUUGCUUUUUUUCAAAUAUUUCACUUUCCUUUUUGUAAAGUGUCCAUGAUUCUUCAAAUAUGGAAGAAAACUAGCAUUGACCGACUUCUCGGACAUUGGCAAAGCGAAACAGACGUUUCUGAGCAAUUCUAAGGUUCACUUAAGAGUGCUGACGCUACUAAAGUGAUCACUAGAAACGCCCGACAAGUCCGAUUCCGUUUCGCGUUACCAAUGUCCAAGUCAUCUUUCGGACCCAAAAGUGAGAAAGAAAAUUUUCAAGCCUAAUUUCGAAUUGAUUAAUUUUUAACACACUGUCUCUGUAAGUUUCAAAAAAAGUGGGUGCAGAAAAAAAUAUUUAUGAAUUUUGAUGAAAUUUCAAAUUAAAAUCGCCACAAGAAAAUAUUUAAUCAAUAGGUUAAAAAAUCAAUUGAAAGCAUUUUCAGCGUUCGAUUGACGAUGAGAGAACCGACAGAUCUGCCUCCGAUUCUCCGAUCGCCGCAGAAAUCGGCGACGACUCCGUAGCUCAACGUCCCUCGAGCUCCAGAGGAAACAGUGCUCGGCUGUAG